AUGUAUACCGCUAAUUAUUCCUUUGUAAUAGUGAUUUGUUUUAUUAAAGUUAUAUUUUGUGAUUCAUGUGAUAAUAUCAGCGUCCCAGUGUACGUGAACCGGAUUUCUGAAAAAAUUGAAGGCUGUAUUAAUAAAGACUCAUUUCCGAAUAAAAUCGUAAACUCUAUCGAUAUAGAUUGCGAGAGUGCAUCUAUACAAAUUUUACCAGCUAAUUUUGUAGCUGAUUUGAAUCGACUCAAUGAGCUUCUAAUUCAAGGAUGUUCAUUGAAAACCAUCCAACCAGGAGCCUUUUUUAAUCUACCUAAAAUCACCGAUAUGGAUUUUUCGGUAAAUGAACUGAGAAACAUUCAAGCUGGUGUUUUUAGUUUAAUACCCGCUAUUAAAUAUAUGAAUUUGUCCAGGAAUUUUAUAGUUUUUGUUGAAGAUGAUGCCUUUAGCCAUUUACCCAAUUUGGAAGAUUUGGAUUUGAGCUUCAAUCGACUUAAGACUCUUAGUAAAUCUUGGUUUACUAAUACAUUGAGAAUUGAGGAGUUUUAUGUGAAUAAUAAUGAAAUUAGUGCAAUACCAGAGAAUAUGUUUGCUGGAUGGCAGCAAAUACGUUUAAUUAAUUUCAAUUAUAAUCAACUAGUUAAUAUAAGUGACAAGGUAUUUAGUGGAACAAUAGAAUCUAUUACUUUUCACCAUAAUUUGUUAACUUCUAUUAAUAUUGAGGCUUUUUCUGAAGACAUUUCAAUUGACCAAUUUGACAUUAGUAAUAACUACAUUUCCAAUCUAUCUCCAAUGCUUUUUGACCGAAUAACAGUCAAAAACUUUCAAAUGUAUGGCAACCCAAUGGAAUGUACAUGUUUAUAUAAAAUCGAACAAACAUUGCAGAAAAAAGGAGUUAAUGUUGAAGUGCCAAAACUUAGCAAUUCCGAUAGAAACUGUCAGAAUGUUGAUGUUUCAGUGCCGAUGUGCGGUGUAUCUCUUAAAAAUGAAUUUUGUAAUGCCACAGCAGAUGAUAAUGGAGUUAUUAGUGGAGUUACGAAAUAUUUGAGGGAAUUAGGGUUUAGAGAUUUAAGAGACUGGUAUGAGAAAUGUAUAUAA